GUUCAUCACUGGAGUCAGACGCGGUCGCACACACGGUAGUAUCGCGCUAAGAGAAAUUGUGGCUUUUAAAUCUCUAGUUUAGAGGAAAAGGUAGUUUUUCCUAAUUUUAAUUCCAUUAGUUUCUCCCGGAGAAAAGUGUGUUUUAAAGAGUUCGACAAAUUUUCGCAGCUUGUAAAGCUCGAUUCCUAGUUGUGUAGUGUGAAGUAAAAAAAACGCAAGAUUAAAAUGGCCGAUAAUCAAGAUCAAGAAAUGAACGGCAAUGGUCAGGAAUGCCAGGACCAGCAAAACGGAACCACAGAGCAACCAAAGUCGGAAAACGGUGCCGAAAGUGCGCCCGUCCGCGAUGACGACAGAAAAUUAUUCGUUGGUGGACUUAGUUGGGAAACAUCAGACAAGGAAUUGAAGGAACACUUCGGACAGUACGGUGAAAUCGAAAACAUAAAUGUCAAGACUGAUCCCAACACCGGCCGCUCGCGAGGAUUCGCCUUCAUCGUGUACAAGAGUGCCGACUCGAUCGACAAGGUCGUGGCGGCCGGCGACCACGUGAUCAACAACAAGAAGGUCGACCCGAAGAAAGCAAAGGCCCGCCAUGGCAAGAUCUUUGUCGGCGGUCUCACCACCGAGAUCAGCGACGACGAGAUCAAAACAUUCUUCUCCCAGUUUGGCAAUAUUGUCGACGUCGAAAUGCCAUUCGACAAGCAAAAGAAUCAACGGAAAGGUUUCUGUUUUAUCACAUUCGAUUCCGAGCAGGUGGUGAAUGAGCUGCUCAAGACCCCCAAGCAGACCAUUUCCGGCAAGGAAGUGGACGUUAAGAAGGCCACACCGAAACCCGACAACAUGCAGAUGGGCGGUCCAAUGGGUGGCCGAGGCGGUAUGCGUGGCCCACCGCCACGGGGCAUGCGAGGUGGACGCGGGGGACCCGGUGGCCCCAAAGGUUACGGACAAGGCUGGGGCGGUCAAGGAUACGGCGGCGGCGGCUACGGCCAGGGCGGAUACGGCGGAUACGGUGACUAUUAUGGUGGCGAUUGGGGAUGGGGCUACAACGGUUAUGAUUACUCCCACUACGACGACUAUUACGGAGGUUACAGCGAUGGCUACGGAAUGAACGGCGGUCGACCGGUUGGUCCUCGUGGGGGUAAAGGUGCCGGCGGUUAUCAGGGAGGCAAACAGCGAGGUGGAGGCGGCGGUGGCAACCGCCAACCGAGGCAUACGCCGUACUAAAUCCUACGGAUUCACUCAGACGUAUACUCCCUGCCCUCCCAUUUUUAAUUAUAUCAUAGCGUAGUAGUUUAACAGACACACACCCAUCCGACAAAAAAAAAACACACAAACACACACACCACACAUACACACACACUCAGCAGAAGAGAAGAGAACAGAGUUUAGUCUUAAGUCCUGUAAUAAUUCCUACUUCGAAGUCCGCUAAUACGGCUGGAUCGAGCUGUGCAAAAGAACAAUCGAGCGCUGAGACAGAGAAGACGAACUUAGAGAAACAUCUCACACAAUAGGAUCUCUUAUCCGGAUACUUCCAUUUGUUCCACAGGGUAUGUAAGUUUUGUUUGUGCAACGUAAAAAAAAAAGAAACAGAAAAACAAACAGUCCAAAGUGAAGAAAGAUAGCGCGAAGACAACAAACAACAAACUUUUACCCAUCCAUUUCUUGUAAACAACACUACAUUGAAAGGAAAGUUCGCUUUUUUGCUUUUCACUCUAUUGCAGCUGCACACCUAUAAAGUAACUAAUGAUAGUCUACCAUUAUAAAAAACGCAAAAUCUUACUUGGUUACAUGAAACCUAGAAAUUUCAAACGUAUUGAAGAAUUUGUGAACCGCCGGAGAUUAUUUUUUACUUGGGGCAGAUUUGAAUAAAUUGGAACAAUGAUGAAAGGCACCAAUCUUUGUCUCGCUAUAAUUAAAAAUUACCUUAAAAAAACAAAACAAAAUAAGAUCGACUGAAUGACGAUUCACUUAAAAAAGAAAAAUGGCACUAGGCAUUAUUUAUUUAAUACAGUAUUAGAAUGUACUGUACCUCAUGUUUCAAACUGGAAAGGAACGAAUAAAACAUUUAAAAAAUACACAGAACUCAUGAGUU